UUCUUCUCUUUACAUACUUUUCCGCAAGCUCCCCCUCCAGAGAUGUUUGACAAUUUAAGGGCAUAUAUCAGGCAUGGGAAACAGGCCGGUGACUUGAACAAUCGAAAGGCUCAGGCAUCGGUGGCCAUUUCGCACCCACUGAAUCCCAUGGGUAAUUUCCCCAACGGGAUUCCGCUUCACACCGAGUUUGCAGCGCAAGACGCGUACAAGACAUCUCUGCCGGUCCACGAAACGGACUCGGCACAUAUGGACGACGCCACGCGGGUGGGAUCAUUGGGGACUGUCUCCUCAGAGCCACUCCUUUCCCCAAUUGAGUUUAAGGAGAAAGAACACAACUACCAAGCGGUAGCAACCCACAUCGUUCAGGAGGAGAACCAGGACCGCCAGCAUAAAUCAAAGUACCCGGCGUUGCAAGGCAAGUACCAGAUCUUGGGACGAAUGGGCGAGGGAGCGUUUUCGGUAGUGUACCGCGCGCUCGACUUGGCCCUGCAGACAGAGGUAGCGAUCAAGAUCAUCGACAAGCAGCAGAUGGACCGCUCGCAGAAGCAGGCGGUGUUGAAGGAGGUGACGAUCAUGCGGCAGUUGCACCACCCGAAUAUCGUCAAGUUUAUUACGUUUAUCGAUGCGGACGACUACUAUUACAUCGUCCAGGAGCUUGUACCGGGCGGCGAGAUCUUCAGCCCGAUUGUCAAGUAUACGUACUUUUCGGAAGAUUUGGCGCGGCACGUGAUUAUUCAGGUGGCUCAGGCGUUGCAGUAUCUCCACGAGAACAUCGGGGUGGUGCAUCGCGACUUAAAGCCAGAAAACUUGCUUUUCUAUCCGAUUCCGGUGAAGCCGCUGAUGAACCCGAUUGCGAAGUUGCGCAAGUCGGACGAUCCGUAUACAAAGGUGGAUGAGGGUGAGUUUGAGCCGGGGGUGGGCGGCGGUGGAAUCGGGGUAGUGAAGCUUGCUGAUUUUGGGUUGUCAAAGCAGGUUUGGUAUGACAACACCGGCACUCCCUGCGGGACGGUUGGCUACACGGCGCCGGAAAUUGUCAAGGACGAGACGUACUCCAUGGAAGUGGACAUGUGGGCGCUUGGCUGUGUGUUGUACACGUUGCUCUGCGGCUUUCCGCCGUUCUACGACGAGAGAAUCGACCAGUUGACGCAGAAGGUGCUGAAGGGAGAGUACGAGUUUCUUCGUCCGUGGUGGGACGAAAUUAGCGUCGAAGCCAAGCAAUGCGUGCAGAACUUGUUGUGUGUGGACAAGACGCAGCGGUACACGAUCGUGGACUUGUUAAACGACCCGUGGAUCAAGUGUCAGGGGAAGCAGGGCUUCCAGCUGUUCCGGAUGCCUGAGAAGGCACGCAAUGCGGUGCUGGCACAUUUGAUGGCCGAUACCGUCACCGCCAACACGCCGUCCGCCAGAGCCAUGAAGGACGCGUUCGACAUCUCGGUUGCCUACUAUAGAGAGCAGGAGGAGGUGCCGCGGCUGACCUUGUUGGACUCGAUGAUUGAGGAGGAUGAGGAUGAGCCGAUGAAUAUGACCAUUCCGCUCGAGCAGCAGCAGAACGUGCCAGGCGGCUUCGAUUUGAGUUUGAGUGGUGCCACGAUUUUGGAGAGACGCAACCGCAAGCGCGCGCCAAUCUUAGCGUGAGGUUUCUGGUAGUUUUAUUGCUUUAUUCUAGAUUUUUUUUUGCCACAGGCAAUGCCAAGGCGUUGCUUCGUAUGGGUUAAGAGUUUACGGACUAAGAAGAGAAAACUAUAGAGACACUGGAAAGCAGGAGAUUUAACUCUGGGCAUGUAUCAUUUAUUAAUUCAAUACUCGCGGAUAGCUCCUACCUCGGCCA